AUGUUGGCAAGAACCGGUCUGCGCUCGACACGCGCCCUCAAUGGGCUGCGAAAUGGCGCUGUCAAUGUCUCCAAGCGUGCCGCAUCUACGAGCUCUGGUGUUGCUGCCGAAGCAUCUCCCCUUCGCCUCAACAUUGCGGCUGCCGCCUCAACCACCCUCGCUGUUGGCUCCAUUGCCUGGUACUACCACCUUUACGGCUCUGUAGCUCACGCUUCUGCCCCUGCCGAUGAAGGUCUUCACUCCACUAAGUACCCCUGGGUUCACCAGCAGUGGCUUAAGACCUAUGAUCACCAGGCUCUCCGCCGUGGUUUCCAGGUCUACCGUGAAGUCUGCGCUUCUUGCCACUCUCUCUCCCGUGUCCCUUACCGCACCUUUGUCGGCUCUAUCUUAACUGUCGACGAAGCCAAGGCCCUUGCUGAGGAGAACGAGUACCCUGGCGAGCCUGAUGAGCAGGGCGAGAUCGCCAUGCGCCCCGGAAAGCUUGCCGACUACAUCCCCGAUCCUUACAAGAACGAGGAGGCUGCCCGUUUCGCCAACAACGGAGCUCUCCCCCCUGAUUUGUCCUUGAUUGUCAAGGCCCGCCACGGUGGCUGCGACUAUAUCUUCAGCUUGCUGACUGGUUACCCCGAUGAGCCUCCUGCCGGCGCCCAGGUUGCCCCUGGCAUGAACUUCAACCCUUACUUCCCCGGUACCGGUAUUGCUAUGGCUCGUGUUCUGUACGACGGUAUUGUUGAGUACGAGGAUGGCACUCCCGCCUCUACUUCGCAGAUGGCCAAGGACGUCGUCGAGUUCCUCAACUGGGCUGCCGAGCCUGAGAUGGACGACCGUAAGAAGAUGGGUAUGAAGGUUCUUGCUGUUACCGCCACCCUCUGGGCUCUCAGCGUCUACGUUAAGCGUUACAAGUGGGCUUGGCUCAAGUCGAGAAAGCUUGCCUACGACCCUCCUGCCGAGACCAAGGUCCGCCGAUAA